CUCUUCGCAUCAUUCGAUCCACUUCCUCAUCCCGUCCCGUCUCCGUCCCUUCCUUGAUCGCCAUCGCCUCAUCUCGAUAGUGACGACGACGACCGACGACACGAUGGCUUCCUCUUCCUCUCCCGCCGCCCCCGGCUUCCCGCAGCCUGGCACCGGCCUCCCUCACACACCCGCAACGCCCGGCGCAGGCGAACUCCAAUCGUUGCCCGUAGUGACGGAGCAACCACGGGCUCGCUCCAUCUUCGCCUUUGCCGAUCCUGUCACAAAGCCUCUCGCUCGCACCAUGGCUUCGUUGCAGGAGUCUCGUCAGAAGUUGGGUCUUCCCAACCCGGGCACGAUCGAAGGGCUGACUGUGCCUGUGCGAACUUGCCAUGCUUCGAACCUUUUCUUCGAUGGCGCGAGGGCCGACCUGGCAAAGACGGUCUCUUUCAACCCGAUCUUCCAAGUCACUCACUCCUUCACCCAUGGUGCACAAGGGGCGCCGCCGAGCUACCAAUUCGGAGCUGUGCUCGGUACCAACAAUACCUUCAUGCAGGGAUCCGUCGACGACUCAUCCAGCGUCAUGAUGCGUCUCAACCAGCGCUGGGCGCCAGGCCACAUCACCAAGAUCCAAGGCCAGCUUCCCGGCGCUACGACUGGCUCUCCCCCCUUCAUGCAAGUGGAGCACGACUUCCAAGGCCUAGACCACUCGAUCAACCUUCGCGCAAUGAACCCCUCGCCCACAGACCUUACCGGAAUCUACCAAUUCAACUUCCUCCAAUCCCUGACCCGCAACUUCGCCCUGGGACUGGACACGGUUUGGGUGCGCCAAACGGUGGACAUGAACGAGGCCAACAUGGGGUACGUGGCCAAGUGGACCUCGGAUGCCCGCGAUGCCGUGGGUACGCUGCAGCUGCAGCCGCAGGGGAUCGCUCAGGCUACAUACUGGCAAAAGGUGGCGGAGAGGGUCGAGGCGGCGGUAGAUCUCCAGGCCAUUGCGCAGGGUGGAAGGAGAGAGGCAGCUGCUACCUUGGGUGCCAAGUGGGACUUUAGGAUGUCGACUUUCCGUGCGUCGAUCGACUCGGGAGGCAAGGUGACCAGCUUGUUGGAGACGAGGCUGAGCCCCUCGUUUGGGUUCACCGUCGGUGGUGAGAUCGAUCAUGUCAAGAAUGCGGGAAGAUUCGGCGUGGGCAUCUCCAUCGACAGCGUGGGCGAUCACCUGCCUGUGCCUACCGACCCGAGCGCCCCGCCUCCGGCUUCACCGAGCCCGCCCAUGUAAAGCGGGUGAGUGAGGAGACAAAAGGCGCAGGGUAGGGAGGUUGGAGUAGUAGAGCAGGCGCAGCGUGCCGGGGCGCGAUACGACGUGUGGACGACGAGGCAUCUUGGGCAUCGAGUAGAAUGGGAGAGUCAAUCGCGUUGGACCCCAGCCUGUAGUCUAUUGCACGCACACACACACACACAUGCACACCCACACAUCACCGCCAUCACACCACUUUGCGCUCAAGCUUGCAACUUGUAAGAUUGGCUAUGCGUUCGCCACCGCUAUGAAGUCUUCUCGCCCGUCGUCUUCUUGACAUCGCCGCUAGCCUGCUCUGCGAUCUCCUCGCUGACCUCAGGCGCAAUGGCAGCCUCGGCCGCCUCGCUCGCCGAAGGUGCUGCUUGUGGCUGCCCAACGGCUUUUGCCGCUACCUCUGCCGCUGUCUCCGCCACCGCCUCCUCCUCCGCUUCAUCGCGCAGCUUCAUCUUCUCUAGCAUCGCUUUCCUCAACU